UGAUUCACCUUUGACCUCUAGUUUGAUUUCAAAAUGGCCCAGUUUCUAUCACAGGAACAGAUCAACGAGUUCAAGGAGUGUUUCUCCUUGUACGACAAACAGCACAACAACCGUAUCAAUACGCGGGACCUGAAGACUGUGAUGCGGUCCCUGGGACUGGCCGUCACUGAGGGGGAGGUCAAUGCUUACAUCAAGGAGUUCGACAAAGGCAGGAAAGGUUACAUCAACUUCUCAGACUUCCUGUCCAUCAUGCACCAGCAGCUGCAGAAGGAAGACCCCGCUAAGGAGAUCCUGGAUGCUCUCAAGUACACGGACAGACAGGGGCGGGGCUUCAUCAUGGCAACCGAGCUCAGGCACUGUCUCACCAAGACUGGGGAGAGGCUCACUAAUCGGGAAGUUGACCACAUGUUACGAGAGGCAAACAUCCAGCCCAACGGAGUGGUGAAGUAUCCUGAGUUUGUGAAACAGAUUACCCUGCCUCUACCUGACUACUGAGGACAUGGGUCCUUCCAUGGAGGGGGCAUAUCACUCCUAGAUAACUUAAUUAAGCAGCGAAAUUUAGUGUUAGUUGAUACAUGUAAUAGGGCAGAAUCAUUGCUAUAGAGAGACAACAAUCUUUUUAUCAGUAUUCCCAAACUUAAUUUCUUCACUGAGGUGGAAUUUUUUAAAAACCUGUUUUUACCUGUAGAUGAAUUUUGCUUACUGAAGUACAUUGUAAAUUUAUUAGGUAUUUCGAAUGUUCAAUUGUAGUGUUAAAGGCUUAUUAUUUGUGCUGGAUGACUCACACAUAAAAUUAGAAAAAUUAAUAUCUGUUUAACGAACAGUUACAAGUAUGUAUACAUGUAAUUUUUUAAAUAAUG